AUGUCGCAGCAGUACAGUCUACGGUGGAAUAACCACCAGCCGAACUUUAUAUCUAUGUUCACGACCCUAUUGAAUACUCAAACUCUCGUGGACGUAACUCUCUCGGCUGAUGGGAAGCAACUGCUCGCACAUAAAGUUGUUUUAUCUGCGUGCAGUACUUAUUUCCAAUCGCUGUUCGUUGACAAUCCGUCUCCACAUCCGAUAGUCAUUCUGAAGGAUGUGACGUAUGCCGACCUGCGCACUAUGGUCGACUUUAUGUACUGUGGGGAGGUGAACGUCACUGAGGAACAGUUGCCCAAGGUCCUGGACACAGCCAAACUUUUAAAAAUAAAGGGCUUGACGGAGAUGCCAGACUCCACGUCACUAACACGGUCCCAGGGCACUUCGGCCGAGUUCCAGAACCAGGGCGACUCCAUGGACUCACAGAGGCAAUCACCAGCUGCCUCUCCCUCCAACAAGCGCAGACGGCGAAGGAAAAGUUCGAGUGGUUCUACUUCACUAAACGUGGUAGAAAACGAGCAAGGCCGCGCUGACGUCGCCGCUCAGACGGUAGAUGCGAAUGCGAUCACGUUAAGCAGCGUGCCACAACAACGGCGCAUGCGCGAAUACCACGAAAUUAGAACCAUCGACAAUUCGCAACAGGUAGACGACACCACGGAACAGGACUUGAAUGUUGAGCAGAUUGGACUAGAGAACACACCCACAGCGAUACCACAAGCGACAGUGAUUGGGCUGACAGGACCUUACUCGCCAGUGGUGCCACCUGCUCCAGCCACGGCGAACUCGGACGUGGGUUGGCACCGGCGGACCAAGCACUUCAAGCGACAGUCUCGCGUGCCCGACGAACAGAACAUUCGCAAGCAGACUUCAGAACCCCUCCCACCGACCGCCGCAGUGUCCAAAGCUGCGCCCACGCUGCAGAAACACGAGUCCUACCCACAGUACAGCGCCACAAAGGCUACUCUUACACGGAAGCCUCGACUGGAACAAGAAGUUGGUUCACUGUUAAUCCGGGCGGUGUCUAGCGCCGAGCGACAGUCCUCGACGAGUACGAGUGCGAGCGCGACGAGCGCAACGAGCGCAACGAGUGCAGCGAGCGCAACGAGCGCGGCGAUGGUGGCCACGUCGGCGUCCGCGUCGUUUGAAUCCACUGCAUCCGACACGUCGCAGACGCAGCGCGCCAGCCACACACCCGCAGUGCGCUCCGGUCCGCCACUCAGCUGCAACUUCUGCUGGAACACCGUGGACGAGUGCGGCAGGAUCCUCCGGCGGAAGACGCAGUACCACUGCCCCGAGUGCCGCACCAACCUCUGCAUCGUGCCCUGCUUCCACGAGUACCAUGAUGGCCCCGAGAGCGACUCCAAUACUAACACUAACGCUCGGUGA